AUGGCUCACCUGAAGCAGACUUUUUCAUCUCUUUUCAACUGCUUAAGGGAAACACCGUCUCUCUUUUUGGGACUUACAAGGUUGGACAGCUGCCUAGACACUGAUGAAGAACGUGUGAAUUUUGCUAGAAGAGAUGAACUGAACAGAGCUCACAGUGAGGAACCAGAUGGACCCCUGAACUUUGAGCUUGAUGUUUGUCACCAGGAUCCAGAAUACAUGUUCCCAACUCCCUUGCCACAUGCCCAGGUCAAACUGAUCACCAGCUGGGAAGCAGGAUGGAAUGUAACAAACGCCAUUCAGGGAAUAUUUGUCCUAGGAUUGCCAUAUGCUCUCCUCCACAGUGGAUACAGUGGCCUACUUCUUAUUGUCUUGGCUGCAGCAUUAUGCUGUUACACAGGCAAAAUUCUAAUUGUUUGCUUGUAUGAAGAAAAUGAAGAUGGGCAACUGGUAAGAGUGAGAGACACGUAUGAAGAUAUUGCAAAUGCCUGCUGUAAAAAGCUAUCUCCCAAACUAGGUGGCAUAAUUGUCAAUGUGACCCAAGUGGUGGAACUGAUCAUGACAUGUAUUUUGUAUCUGAUUGUUAGUGGGAACUUGCUGUCACAGAGUUUUCCAUACAUAGCACUGACUGAGAAAACUUGGUCUGUAAUUGCAUUUGUUACUCUGUUACCUUGUGUAUUUAUCAGAACUCUCAAAAUUGUUUCCAAACUCAGCCAGCUUUGCUCCUUGGUUCACUUUGUUAUCAUCCUUGUAGUGAUGACUUACUGUCUUACACAAAUACACCAGUGGUCCUGGGCAAAAUUCAGACUCUCCAUUGAGUUUGAGGACUUCUUGGUCUCCGUAGGAGUGAUUAUUUUCAGUUACACUUCACAAAUAUUUCUUCCCACACUUGAAGGUAACAUGAAAAACCCAGAGGAAUUUAGGUGUAUGCUGAAUUGGACUCACUUUUUUGCCUGUGUCUUGAAAACAACAUUUGCACUGACCGCUUUCUUGACCUGGGGUGAAGAAACAAAGGAAGUUAUUACAGACAACCUGCCAUCAUUUCUUAAAACACUUGUGAAUUUAUGUCUCUUAACCAAGGCUCUUCUUUCUUACCCUUUGCCCUUUUUUGCAGCCACAGAAGUUGUGUAUUCCUGUAUUUCUAAAGGCAACCAUUCCAAUUACAGAUCUCUAUUACUUUCGCUGGGUGUAAGAGGCUCAUUUCUCUUGUUAACUCUGCUGAUGGCCAUGUUUACACCACAUUUUGCCCUGUUGAUGGGUUUAUCAGGCAGUGUAACAGGUGCUGCUAUGACUUUUCUCCUUCCUUCUCUCUUCCAUUUAAAACUUAAAUGGAAAAAACUGUCCUUCUUAGAGAAAUGUGCAGAUAUCUCUGUUUUUAUUUUGGGCCUCCUCUGUAGCCUCGCAGGCAUAGUUUGCUCAAUAAAAGGGCUGCUUGAAGUAUUUGGAGGAGUGUAAAAGAUUUCCUGAAAGACAAAUAAAGAUCAAAUCUUAUUAAUACUUUUUACUCUGUUAGUCAGUAUAUAAGAAAUUUUGUCACUAGGUAGAACUAAGCAUGUGCUUAAAGAUUUGCGGAAUCAAGGCUUCAACCGGAAAAGUAUGUGGCUCUAAGCAAAUUGGAAAAUAACCUUCAGAGCCAAAGAAGUACAAAACUAGGCCUCUUUAAAAUCUUGAGAAGAAAGAAGAUGUUGCAGAUGGUUUAGCAUGAAAAUAAUUUUAAAGUAAUACUAUAUGGUUUAUUCAUACAUGACAGGCACAUCCUAAAAUUACUACUGCAACUGAUUCCACCAAUUGAACCACAAUUCUUCAUAGGGUUACACGCUGUUCAGUCUCAAAGCUAUCAAAACUAGCUUACAGGAAGUGAGCUACAGAGAACUAUUAUUGCAAAUGGAUGAAAUAUGAUUUCACAUUACUGGCAGAAUGCAAUUCAACAUGUGAACAGAACAAAUCAGUGAAUUUUGUUUUAUAUGUAAGACAAAUUCUACUACUUGUUUUUUAAAUGAAUAGGCAAAAAGAGAGCUCAGUUUAGAACAGCUUUGAAAGCCUGCUUUUAUCAUGAGUUCAAAUGGGAAUGCAG